AUUCUUAGUACACAGUGACAGGUGACAAUCAGUAGCAGUUUACGGCGGUGAUUGUCCGCCAGGGGGCGUUGGGUACAGAGGUCCGUUUCACCUGCGAAGACAAGAUGUCUACAGUUAUAAACAGUGUUUUAUCACUAGUGGGGGAAUCCGUUGUCAAGGUGACGGACCAAGAUGGAGACUGUUGCUAAGCCAUAAAACAUGCACAAUGGUGGUUGAUAUUGAAACAAGGACAAACCUUCCUUUAGCCAAUGGGACUGAUGCAACAGAAGACCCAGGGGAUACUCGGGUGCCUACUGUGUCCAGAGACGCAUUCACUUUGGCGGACUCUGUGGCAGCAGUCACAAUUGCCAUCCUGGCCUCCACAGUGCUUAUCACCAUCAUUUGUAUCAUCAGACUUUUGAGGAAAAGAAGACAACAACAACAAGGAGAACAACUCAACGGAACACCAGCAGUGUAUGCAAGCACAUUAGGAGCAAAUGUGAUGGCGUACCAUAAUUUGCAAAUCCAAAUGCAGAAUGACCCAUCGCCAAGUUGGGAGCCAGUUCAAGUACAGCAGGCUGAUACAGCGCCCCAUACACCAAACACAAAUGAACCAACGCCUUCCACCUCUUAUAGCAAUGACGAUGAAGUCCCAGUUAUUAGCAUAAUUAGUAUUCAUAACAAUAUCCAACAACAACAGAACAUCAAUGCAGGAUAUUUGUCCGAUAAUGCUGACCAAUCAAAUGGCUGAAACAAAACAUUCUUCAUAACCAAUAAUGUGGGUAUCUAGAUAUAUGCAUAUGUAUGUAUUUACUUGACCAAUCAUCAUGAGUGAGAGGAUCAUUUGGUAUACCUUAUUCACCAGUUGUCUGAAAGGAAAGGAUUGGUUGCUGUUGCAAACCUGCUGAUCUGCCUACUGAUAUUUAAUCUUUUCUUUAACAUUUAUAUAAAUGUAUUAUAAGGCCUGUGGCUGAACUUUGUAAAUAAUAUUUUAAUUUUAAUUGUUAUAUAAGCAUGUAUCAUUCCAUAAUAAAUCUGCUGUUAUUCCAUAAAGUGCAAACUAUAAAAUGUGAUAUGUGUAUAUACUCAACCAAGUUUGCAUGUCUUUUAAUUGUGAAUAUUUUGCUUAAUAUCUUAUGUACCUGCUGGUAUAUUGGGUGAUAUUAUGUGUACAGGGUAUAAACUGUGAUACUUAUUAGCGGAUAUGUGCACAUGUUCUCCAGAACUACCGGUAAAAAAAUUGCAACAAUAUUAGGCUAUACUUUAAUGUUUCUGUAUUUAGAGGGCUUAGAUUUUCAAAACAGAGACCCUGUAAGCUACAUACAUGUCAUAUACAUGUAUGUGUCAUGUUUUCUGAGUGAGUAUCCUUUGAGAUGAAUCUUUUAUCAUAAUCUGAAUUUUGUCUUUCUACAUUUCUGAGUCAUGCAUUCAUACAUCAUGUAAUUAUUCCCAAGUAGAACUGAAAACUGUUGGCACGAUAUAAGUACAUAAGUCUCUAAUCCAAAAGUAAUUUUAUAAAAACAUAUCACUAGGAACAAUUUUUUGGUACUAUCAGGGACCUAAGGGACCAAUUGUGCAAAGCCAUUUUUGACCAGAGUCAGAGUUUGAUAGGCACUUAUUUAGGAAAUUAUUGCUAAUCGUAUGCAUUAAAACACUGAACAAGUGUUAUGUUAAGACAGAUAUGUAACAGAUUUUGCCCAGGGGUAAUAACCUGUGAGUUAUGUAGCAGUUUUCAGUCAGAGAUUGUUCUGUAGAUUAGGCAUCCUUAAGGAAUGUGCUUAUAACUGAGAAUUAAUGGCACAGUUGAAUUACACUGUAGCUGACAUCAAUGACACAAUUGAACUACACUGUAGCUGACAUCAAUGGCACAGUUGAACUACACUGUAGCUGACAUCAAUGGCACAGUUGAACUACACUGUAGCGGACAUCAAUGGCUCAGUUGAACUACACUGUAGCUGACAUCAAUGGCACAGUUGAACUACACUGUAGCUGACAUCAGUGGCACAGUUGAACUACACUGUAGCUGACAUCAGUGGCACAGUUGAACUACACUGUAGCUGACAUCAAUGGCACAGUUGAACCACACUGUAGCUGACAUCAAUGGCACAGUUGAACUACACUGUAGCGGACAUCAAUGGCUCAGUUGAACUACACUGUAGCUGACAUCAGUGGCACAGUUGAACUACACUGUAGCUGACAUCUUUGAACAUUGUGUCUAUGUGUGUGAAUUAUAAAGUCAUUCACCUAGGAUCGUAUCCGUCAUGGUUACAUGGAAUUUGAUUCAUGUCAUAUAUUGACCAUUCUCAAGGGUAGAAUGGUUUUUUUUACUUUUUCAAAGUCAACUUUGUAAUUUUAAAAACAAUGAUAUCAUUGCCAAACAUUAUGGUCUGAAAUGUUUAGCGUUUAACCUUUGAUUUAGAAUGUUUUACAAAAGCACAAUUUCCUUUCUUUUUCACAAGUCAGUGUGGAAUUUGUGCAUGUUAUGUUUGCUCAAGAAUCAUUUUCCUCAAGUAAUUUUGGUGAUCAUAUAAUACUAACCUUUUCUCAAGUUAGAUAUAUGCUUUUCUUUGAUAUUUUACUUUACAGUAGUUGAUGUUUGCUCAUCCAUUUCCGAGGUUCUACCUUGGCCACUUUUCUCUUGUACCGGUAUCAGAAAGACUUUAUUUUUUUUCCAUACCUCUGUCUGUGCUUUCUCAUAUAUACCUCUCUGCCCCACAUCUCUUUUUAUUUUUGUGUUGAUUAUAUGUACAUGCUUACUGAGUAGACUGUAAUAAUUUCACUGAACUUCAGUUUGGUCUCCUCAGUUGUGAUAAUUCUGAAUUUUACUUCACUGCCAUCAUCAUUAUCCAAUGUGCCUUCAUUUACAUGUACAUAAAAAGGGUUUUUUUUUGUUUUGUGAAAAUAGUCAUGCUUCAAGGCACAUUAUGAGAAAACUGAUACUAGUUUGGGAAAUCUUGAGUCAGAAUCAAACUCUAACAGUUGCUUGACUCAGGAUCACUGAUAUUUUUGCUAAAUGUAAAUGUAUGUCAUUAUAAGAAGGAAUUUGUCUCUUCCUCUGCAGCUGUACAGCUGUAAAUUCAGUGUUUUUACAAGAAAAAACAAACUGCAAUUAAUUUGAAGACAGAACUUCUAUAAAACAAAUGAUAAAUUAACUUUAAACAAAUCUCAAAUGUGAAUUUUGUUUUAACUUAUCACAUUAGAUGAUAUGAAUUAAAACUUGGGUAUUCCUGCCAAAUAUGCAAACGAGUUUGACCCAUGACUUUUCAUUUGUCCUUUUAUAUACAAAUUUACUUACCAAAACAUCAUUAUUUACACAGGAUUGCUGUUAGUUACCAUCAUUUGCUUUAUUUUGUAUUUUUAUACCAUUAUAGCAAUUCUCAUAUGAAGAGAUGGGAUAAUUUCAGAUACAUUCACACACGGACUUGAUUUCAUUUCUCAUCCCUGUACAAUGAAAACUUCAUUUUUGUAGUCAUUUUGCACAGACAUGCAUGCAGUAUAUAGUAUUAGAACUUCAAAAGGUAGUUCAAUUUUAUCUGUUUGUCACUUGCAUUCUUUCGUCAAAGGAUUGUCUGCAAUAUCAGAAUAUACAUAGUGAAGACAUGCUGAUGAAAACCAGGCUAGCUUACAGAUCAUGGAGUUGAAAGUAUACGUGUAGGUAGUAAUUGACACUUAAUAGUGCUGGUACAUUUGGCUAUAUUUGUUAUGUGAUCCUAUGCAAACAUUUCCUAGGAGACGUACCUGUAGGGCACCUAUGCGCACAUAGAGUUUGUACCUGUGAAUGCUGAUAUUAUGGCAUGCACAGUUAACUGAAUGUGUGAAUGAACUGCUUUCCUUCACUAUUGUGGAGCACAUAAAAUGUGCCUGAUAUUGCUCAUGUUUAGUCAUUAUCAUUAUCAUUAUUAUUGAAUAAUUUGUCAAUUUCAACAUUGGGAUUAUAUUAGCGGAAGAUUCAUAUUGCUUUGGCGUAAUUAAGCUGAUUUAUUGUAUGUAAAUUUCGGUUCUUGCUUUGUUAAUCGGGAUUAUGACCAUAGGGUAUUUCAUCAACGUACAUUCCAAGUUUGGAGAUGCAGGCCCUCAUUAACAUAUUGUUACAAAAUUAGUUUAUGUUUUACUUUUUUAUUUUUUAACACACUGUCAGGAAACCAUCACUUCUUUGAUCUUUAUGCUUCUUUGAUUACAAGUAGACUACAUGUAGGUACACAUUACCAGGUGUGACGCAGGUCUAAUUACUUUAUGAUUCCAUUGGUGUUUUUUCACGUCCUACUGAAGAAUAUUUCACUUUAACGAUGGCAGCAAGCAUUAUGGUGGGAGAAAAACGGGCAGAGCCAGGGGAAACCCAUGACCAUCCGCAGGUUGCUGGCAGACCUUCCUACUUAGUAGCUUUGAGGAGUCUUGCUGGCUCAUUCAGCUAGUAUGUCAGUCUCUUACUAGUUCAGUGGUGGCUUGUUGUCAAGUACAAACAAAGAGCAGCGGUCACGUACUCUUGACAAUCAGAGUUUUCUCCACCCUUAAAUUUUAUCCAGCCAAAACUGAAAAUUACUUGUUUGGUUAAACUAGAUUAAUCUUGGGUAUUGGUAGCUUUUUUAUGUCCCAUGUGGGAGAGUUUCUCAGUACCUUGCCUGGGAACAUCUGCCUAGCUCCUUUGCCCAUAUAAUACUGACCUCCCUUGUACACGUGAAACAUUCUUGAGUAUGGCGUCAAACAAUAAUCAACAAAAAGUAAAUAAACAAAAAGCUGUUACAGAUUAUACACCUAUAUAGUG